UAAUGCUAAAAGUUCACUUUUACACAAAACCGACUUUUCUCGUUUUUAAAAUGAACAUGAAUGAACACGGCACGAGCUAUUUGAUAUUUUGGGGCAAAAUCGUAUCUAUGGUAACGGACGCCAUAUUGGAUGUCAACACUUCGCAUUGUAAACAAAGUCAAAGAUUUUGUAGACGACAGCGUUUGAUCAUUACAUUUUACAAAUACUUUCUACAUAAUAAAAUAAAAAAAUGUCGUCGGAAGAGGAAACAUUUGAGGAGGAAACUGGAGAAGAAGCUGAAGAAAUGAUGGAGGAAGAAGAACAACAGGUUGAAGGAGAAGAGGGGGAGGGGCAGGAAGAAAGGGAUUCUGAAGAAGUUGAGGAAGAAGAGGGCCCACCUGACAAUCCAAUAACAACAGAAAUUGUGUCUGAAAGUUUGUCUUUAUUAUGCAAAACAGGAGAUGGAUUGGCACACGCUUAUGUUAGACUUGAUGUUCAUGAGAGAGAAAUAACAGAUAUCAGUAUUUUAAAGAAUUAUAUUCAUCUACGAUAUAUUGAUGUCAGUAAAAACAGUCUAAAAGAUAUAUCACCACUUAGUUCAUUAACUCAUCUACUGACUUUAAAAGCUGACGAAAAUUUAUUAACGAAUGCCCGCCUGGAAGAAAUGCCAUUUUUACAAACUGCCAGUUUUAAUCAUAAUAAAAUUCAAUCAACUGAAGGUGUUAGUCAUCCAAUGUUAGAACAUUUAUCAUUAAACUUUAAUCAGAUAUCAACUGUUAGUGGGUUAGAUGCAUCAAAACUGAGUCGACUCCAUACGUUAGAAUUAAGAGGCAAUCGUCUAGAAACAUCUGAUGGUAUUUACCUUCCAAACCUGAAAAAUCUUUUUUUGGGAGCUAAUGUUAUUAAAAAAUUAGAGGGAUUAUCAAGAUUAAGUGGUUUAUCUACAAUGCAUCUACGAGACAAUCAGUUGGAGAAUCUAGAUGGUUUUACGGAUGAUCUGAAGGUUCUACAAUAUAUUAACCUGCGUGGUAAUAAUAUUGCUAGUGCUAAAGAAGCCGCCAAAUUAAAAUCUUUACCAAUGUUACGAGCUCUCGUCAUGUCAGAAAAUCCUGGAGCAGAAGAGGAUGAUUAUCGUUUAGAAGUUUUAAUAGCAUUACGUAAACUUGAGAGACUGGAUAAAGAUGAAUAUACAGAGGAAGAGAGGACGGAAGCUGAAGAGAUUUAUGAACAUCGUAGACAAGAAGAGGAGGCUAAUGAAGGGAAUGAAGAAGUUAUUCAAUCUGGUGAAGAAGAUUAAGAUGAUCUGUCCAUACUGGAAUCACAAUCAUAAGGCACCAGCAAAAAGAACAAUAUGUCAGCAUUCAACAUCUUUCAAUACUAAUCACUGAAACAUUGGCUUUUAAUUUUAAAACUGUUAAAAAAUAUAUGUGCAGAUUCAUCGAUUAUAAUUUAUUUUUAUAAUUUUGACAUUUAAAUCGUAUUGGGUUGCCAAAACAAGACCUUUACAGCAUUAUCAUGGUGCUGAUACCAGGUUCAUCUGUUCGGUUAUAUUUCUAUCACUUGUACAAGGUAAUAAUUAUGCAAUACAGUCUUUCCGUUUUGACCUAUUACAUUGUAUAUUCAAAUUAUGUUAAAACUGUUCUUUCAUUUUUCCCCUGUUGUAAACAAUUACAUGUAGUUCAUUUGGAACAAAAUAUAUUUAAAAUUUUUAAUUAGUUGUCAUGGUCUGUUAUUGUAAAUAUACAUUUAUUUAUACAGUAUUAUUAUAUUUUGUCUUAUGAUGUAAAUUACUGUGAUAUUUUAUUAAUAAAUCUUUGUCCAUAUA